CCUCAGUCGUGUGUGCCAGAGGUCACAAGAUCAUGUCGACGACCAAGGCCGAGAAGUUCGUGCGCCUGCUGAGCGCCAAGCUCAAUGAGCUGCCCCACCUGCCCUUCUCGCAGGCCGAGCUGCGCGAGAAGCUCGAGACGGCGGUCGCGUCGCUGCCCAGCUCGGGCCUGAAAGGCCUCCUCCAGCGCGACAUGGAGCACUACGUCGCGCUCUUCCAACAGACCGUGACGGCGACCGCCGCCGCGCCGGCCUCGGACCGCUGCCUCGCCGAGCAAGAGUACGACCUGCUUCUGCAGGCCACGCACGCGACCAAGCUCGUCGAGAUGCCCGUGACGCCCGCCGAAGUCUUCUUCAACUACAGCGUGCCAACGACUCUCGACGCAUCGACCGCGUCGCCGACCGAGCUCGUCGACGCGGUCGAGCAGAUCUGCACGGCGCUGGCGCACGAGCUCGCGACGAACGGCCUCGUGUCCGCCUUGCCGUCGCUCCAGGAGCCGGGCCACGCCGUUGCGCUCUACGUCGCCAAGCUCCUGCCCCUUCUGCACGCGUAUCUCGAGCGCAUGGCGACGCGCACUACUGGGUUUGAAGCCAGCGACCGCCUCCAGUCGCUGCUGCUCGACACGCUGCGGCUCGUGGGCUUCCACCGGCCGCUGCCGACGCCGUCGACGCCGUCGGUCGUCGCGUUCUACACGCCGGCGCCGACGACCGAGGCGUCAUCGUCGGCCACCGAGACCCAUGCGCUCGCGCAGCUCUAUGCGGUCACGCUGAUCCUCGUCCUCUUCUUUCCCGCGCCGUCGGCGGCCGUCGACUCGGACGAUUCGGACGACGACGACGACAGCACGCCGGCGCCGACGACGACGACGCCCGAAGCGUUUGUCAGCGAUGUGCUUGCGGUCGCGUAUCUCGAGGCGAAAGGUUGGCUCGUCGACGUGGUGCUCAUGGCGCUGUCGCUGCCGCGGCCGGCGUCGGCUGUCGCCGCCAAGGACGCGCCGCUCACCCGCCUCGUGCUCCAGGCGCUGCGCACGAUGAGCUUCGAUGUGGGCAUGGGCCGCCAGGUCUUCUUGACGCACGUUGCGUGCCUCCGCAAGGCGCGCGCGUACCUCAAGACCGCGCGCCUCGGCCAGUGCCACGAGCUCUCGAGCCUGAUCACGCAGCUCACGAGCCUCCCCGUGCCCUUCAAGCUCCUCGACUGGCUGCAGCUUGUGGCGCUCAGCGCACUCUCCGACGCGUUGCGGGCGCAGGUCCAAGCCGUCUUGGCGACCGAGAAGCCGAUUUCCGUCGACUUGCUCUCGACCAAGUGGACCGACGACGACAUUCUCGAGCUCCUCGAGAAAGUCCAGAGCCAGUCGUCGGUGGUCGAAGCAAGUGCGGACGAUGCGGUCGAUGCCGAGACGCUCGCGGCGCCGGACGCCGACAUGCCGCUCUUCUACGUCGACAGCACGGGCGCCAACAACUAACUACGUUCGAGUCCGUCUUAUUUGCCCCACCCCAAACGAUUUGCCUCUCCA